UAUGUUCGUUAAAGAUUGACAGUUGGCCGACAAGAUCACACCGCAAGGCACUCUACGCCACUCUAAGUGGGCAGAAUAAGAUGUUGGGCUUCUGCGUCUACAUACAGUUAAACCAUGGGAUGUGCUCUUAAACUUGCAGUUUUGUUCGGCUGUCUUCCCUUUUCUACCGCCGGAAUCCAUACCCUGGAGUACUUCUACGCAGCUACAUCAGGAAACUUUCCAGAGUUUAUAAGUGUUGGGGUGGUGGAUGGUGUAGUCAUUAGUCAGUAUGAACGCAUCAGUCAGAAGCAAGUUCCCAAGCAGGACUGGAUGAAGCAACUGGAUCAGGACUACUGGGAUUCAGAGACACGAUGGUCUAAGACAUAUGAUGAGAAUUUCACGAAGGACAUUAAGAUUGUAAGGAAACGCUUUAAUCAGACUGGAGGAGUGCAUGUUUUGCAGAAAAUGUAUGGCUGUCGGUGGGAUAUUGACUCUGGAGCCACUGAUGGUUAUGAACAGUUUGGUUAUGAUGGAGAGGACUUCCUCUUACUAGACCUGAAGUCCAUGAGAUGGAUUGCAGUACUGCCACAGGCAGGCCCAAGCAAAGCAGAGUGGGACCGUACAGAAAGUGCUGUAAACAGGAGAGCGUAUUUCCAGGGCACGUGUAUUGAAUGGCUGAAGAAAUAUGUUCAAUUUGGGAGCAGCACUCUGAGGAGGAAAGUGUCCCCAGAGGUCACUCUUCUCCAGAAGGACUCCUUUUCUCCAGUGGUGUGCCACGCUACAGGUUUCUAUCCAGAGGGGGUGAUGAUCACCUGGAAGAGAGAUGGAGUGGAGAUGGAGGAGGAUGUGGAUGUGGGGGAGACUCUGCCCAAUCAUGAUGGAACCUUCCAGAAGAGAGCCGUGCUCACUGUGCCACCUGAAGAAAGGAGGAAGGCCCAGUACACCUGUGAGGUGGCUCACCAGAGUGGAAAGACCAUCAUCAGGACCCUGACUGUAGAAGAUGGCAAUAUCCUUGGCAUCGGCAUCGGUAUUGGUUUUCUCGUUGCUGCUCUUGUCGUGAUUGGUGGGAUUGUUGGGAUUGUCAUGAUGAAGAUGAAGACUGGAUUCAAGAAGGCAGAACAGCCUUCACACCUGCAAAGUUGUGUGAAUGGUAAGUUGUUACUCUUGCAAGAACACCUUAUACAGCAUUGGCUGGCAAGAAAACAACACUUGACAAGUUCCACAACAGCCUCUGGUGCUGGUGGAAGUUUUGACAGAACAGGAGCCUAUUGCCCAUCAACAAUUUGUCUCCAUCCCAGUGACGGUGAGUCAAGAAUCUUUGGAGCAAGCACUGUAUCUUGUGCCCAAACAUUUGCUUGUGUGCUCUCAGAAUUUCAAUUUGUUACAUGUCUCAUAGCGCUUUACAGAGUGUUAAACAUUCAGACAGAGCCCAUGAGUAACAGGGGCGAGGAAAAACUCCUUGCCCCUGUUAUGGGAGGGAGAAACCUAUAGGAUGAAACCUCAAGC